UGUUCCUUCUCGUUUCUACCCGCCAUAUAAUUUUUUGUACAAUCAAUCUCUCAUUGAGUGGGAUGAGAAGAAGCAAAAGCUGAAAAGGAGAAUGCCGGAGAUACUACAAAGCGGCUCUCUGAGAUCAGGGUACAGAACUCGUGAUGCCAGUCCUGACUCUGUCAUUUUCACACUUGACUCCAACUUCAGUCUCUUCUCCUCUGCUUCUGCUAGCGUUGAUCGCUGCUCCUUCGCUUCUGAUGCUCACGAUCACGACUCUCUUGCCUCUGAAAUCUCCCUGCAUUUGGCAGCACAUGAUCGUGAUCAACACGAGAACUUGAACAGUCCAGAUCCAGAUCCAAACAAACACGCAAUAGUCCACAAGCACAGUCGCCUUUCCAAGAAAGGAGAGAGAGUAAAAGCUCAAAAACAAAACAAUGAUGCCAAGACAGAAGAGGAGACCCAGCCCUUAGAUUCGGCAAGAAACUCAUUCUCUUUAGCUCUUAAAGAAUGUCAGGAAAGGAGGUCCAGAUCUGAAGCACUGGUGAGGAAGGUAGACAGACGAAGACCUGCUUCUCUAGAUCUAAACAAUGUCACUGCUUCUUCCCCGCGGUUGGGAGCCGUGAAAAAAAGCUCUGUUUCAACCCGGAAGCUUGGUGCCUUUCCCAGUCCUGGAACUCCCAAUUACAGGAACGCGAGUGUCGGAAUGCAAAAGGGUUGGAGCUCGGAGCGCGUACCGUUGCAUGCCAGUGGUGGAAGGCGGCAGGUGGGUGCUGCACUGUUGCCUCUAAAUAAUGGAAAGGCGUUGCCUUCCAAAUGGGAGGAUGCUGAAAGGUGGAUAUUCAGUCCCGUCGGGGGAGAUGGUGUUGUUAGGCCCUCGUUUGCAGCGCCACAGAGGCGGCCUAAAUCGAAAAGUGGUCCGCUUGGGCCUCCUGGGAUUGCGUUUUAUUCAUUGUAUUCACCUACUGUUCCCAUCUUUGAUGGGUGUAAUAUUGGAAGUUUCAUGCCAACCUCUCCAUUUUCGGCCGGAGUGAUGGACACAGAGAGAAUAGGAUGCACUUCUGGUGGCCAUGAUGGAGGCUUCAGUGUCCGGACAGAACCUUGCAUGGCCCGUUCAGUUAGCGUACAUGGCUGCUCUGAGAUGCUGACCCCACCAUCAUUGCCUUCCCAAGAUGAGAAGCAAGAUGGGGACAAUGAUUCAGCCACCGACAUUUCUCGCGCUGUUUCUAGGAGGGACAUGGCAACCCAAAUGAGCCCACAGGGAAGCACCAAUUCAUCUCCCAGUAGGAGGCCUUCUUUUUCUGUCUCCACACCCUCUGUCCUACCUAUUGUAGAAUCACAGAGUAUCCAAUCUGGUAAAUCAGAGGUGAGGGAUGUGCAGGUUGAUGAAAGGGUUACUGUGACUCGGUGGUCCAAGAAACAUAGAGUCCGAAAUACUAGGAAGAGCUCAGAAAUUGUUGAUGAUUGGAGAAAGAAAGCUAUUGAUUCUUCAUCAUGGGAUGUAGCAGAAACGGCGAAGGGCCUUUCCAAGGUCAAAAGAGAGGAAGCAAAAAUUACUGCGUGGGAGAACCUGCAGAAGGCAAAAGCUGAGGCUGCAAUACGGAAACUAGAGAUGAAGCUGGAAAAGAAAAGAUCGUCAUCAAUGGAUAAGAUUAUGAACAAGCUAAGAUCAGCUCAGAAGAGAGCCCAAGAAAUGAGAAGCUCAAUGCUAGCUUAUCAGCCCCAUCAAGUUUCAAAGGCAUCUCACAAGGCUGUAUCUUUUGGUAGAACCCGCCAGAUGGGUUCCCUGAGUGGAUGCUUUACCUGCCAUGCUUUCUAAUGCCUCAUGUAGACAUCUGUAGCUGCACUUCACUCACUGAAAUACCUGAUUGACAAAGUGGAGCACAAGAUAAACAUUGUACAGCUGAGUGCAUAUACCAUAUGGAGAGAUUGGAAUCCUUGCAGUUUUGAUCGGUAUGAAGAACAAGUAUCUGGAUCGAAGAUCUCAUAUAAGCAAUACCCUGUUGCAGUAUUCCUGGGGUUUAGUAUCAAACGUUUGACUAAUAAAUCUUGUAUGCAUGCAUUUUACAUAUCUAUGUCCAAUUUUUUUUUUUUUUUUUUAAUCAUGACAGUUUGCCAUAAAAAAUCAUUAGCUUCCCUUUCAUAAUUAAUACUUAUAUGAAUGAUAAGAGUUAUAUAUUUUGUGCAA